AUCGAUACUCCGUACUAAUCCCCUAAGUACGCAUCAUAUACUGAAUGCAAUACGUUGAGUGAAUUUAUUAAUACGUGUCACAUAAAUUAUUAAAAAACAGUCGUCACCAGAAAUUGCAAUAUGCAUACUGUACUAACAAGAGGAAAUGCGACUGUAGCGUACACUCUUUCGGUUUUGGCAUGUUUAACAUUUUGUUGUUUUGUGUCAACAGUGUUCCUGGAUUACAGAGUCGCGUCAAACAUAAAUACGGGGAAAGUUUUAGUGAAAAAUGUCCCCGAUUAUGGUGCCUCAAGGGAAAAGCAUGAUUUGGGAUAUAUAACAUUUGAUCUGGAAACAAAUUUGACAAGUCUUUUCAAUUGGAAUGUAAAGCAGCUUUUUAUAUUUCUUACUGCUGAAUAUAAAACAGAAGACAAUGUAUUAAAUCAAGUUGUCCUGUGGGACAAAAUAAUUCGCCGGGGAAGUAAUGCGGUACUGGAUUUCAAAAAUCUAAAUACAAAGUAUUAUUUCUGGGAUGAUGGAAACGGUUUAAAGAACAAUCCUAAUGUCACUCUUUAUUUGUCCUGGAAUAUAAUACCCAAUGCUGGUCUUCUACCGACAGUCAAGUCUUUCAGUUCUCACACAUUUAAAUUUCCAUCUGAAUACGCAUCCGCGUUGAUUUAAAAUAUUUGUUAAUAAAUAUCGACCAAUGUAUAUUUGAAUGAA